AUGAAUUUUUCUAUCUCUUUUCCUCGCAAUCAGACACCUGAAAAUGCUCACGGUGGUACUUCUCAGAACUCUAACCCUUACUUUGAUUCAACCAGAAAAGGGAAAGUUUCAGAUAUGGAAAUGCAGCUCCGGAAACUAGCAGGGAGCAGAGCUCCUGGAAUAGAUGAUGCAAAGAGGGAGCUUUUCAAGAAGGAGAUCUCGAACAUGACAAUUGGGAUUGAUGUGUUAUCAGUUUUUAGCGAAAUGGUGAUGUGCUCGGCAACCACGGAUUUAGUGCUAAAAAAGAUGUGUUACUUAUAUGUUGGGGAUUAUGUUAAGUACAAUCCAGAUCUCGCACCCUUGACAAUUAAUUUCCUUCAAAGGGAUUGCAAGGAUGAGGAUCCAAUGAUUCGUGGUUUGGCUUUAAGGAGUUUGUGUUUGCUUCGUGUCGCAAAUUUGGUGGAGUAUUUGGUGGGGCCGUUGGGUAAUGGGUUGAAGGAUGGAAAUAGCUAUGUGCGGAUGGUUGCAACUGUCGGGGUUCUCAAGUUGUAUCAUAUUUCGUCUUCGACUUGCAUGGAUGCUGAUUUUCCAGGUAUGCUCAAGCAUUUAAUGCUUAACGACAAGGAUGCUCUGGUAAUUGCAAACUGUUUAACUUCUCUACAAGAGAUCUGGGGUCUGGAAGCAAGUACAUCUGAGAAAGUGGAACGGGAGAGAGAGAACUUGAAUAGCAAGUCAGUGGUAUUCUACUUUCUAAACAGAAUUGGCAGAUACCUACCUGGCUUAGGAUUGCCAAUUGCGCCUAGUCCAACUCCUUCGCCUCCAGCUUUCAAGCUUAAUGCUAAAGCUGUUCUAGAUCCCAACAGUUUUCAGCAGAAAUGGUGCCAACUUCCAGUAGCCGCAUCACAAGUUAAUAUUCAUAGCUUGACUUAUCAAGAAUCAAUAGCAGAAGAACUAGACGAAAACAUUUCCCUUUAUGACUUUCCUAUAAACACAGAUGAAAAUGAUCAUAUCGUCAAAGACCUAUCCAAGAAUCAUGUCAUGCAAUCAUCGCCGUCCAAUUUCUUUAAAAUUUUCAGUGAUUUAAGCUCUGAAAUGUCUCAUGCAGAAGAAAUUAUAUUCUGCGGUAAGCUUUUACCUUACAAGCUCCAACAUGUUACUGUUCCUGAUGAUAUUUAG